CCCUUCUUACAGGCUCUUGGUCUGCUGCAGAGCUGAUGGGUGGGAGCAAAGGUGAAGAAUGAUGUGCUGCAGCAGCAGACAGAAAGCAUCUUUUGUGUGAACUGUGAACUGGCUUCUCCUCAGUCAUGUCCUGAUGAAUCAGACGUGAGGGGCUGCUUAGUGGAAUCAGCUGGAAGCAGGAGAAGACGUUCAGCUGAAGAGCUCCCUCCGAAAAUGGAUUUAACUUUUCUUUCGCCAGUCACCGCCAGCGUGACCUCAUGCAUUUCUAGCACAAUGGUGUGGCUGAGCCUUUGAGUACACAGCUCUUACAUCAUCGCGGCAAAUCGGGGAGGGAGGUGCUGAAAGAGGCCUUGUUGUUGUCAUGGCCGAUGAGAUGAUCAGGACUCGACUCGUUGUGGCUGAGAAGCUGGUGGCUUUGCUGGAGAGCGGUACGGAAAAGCUGCUGCUGAUUGACAGCCGCCCCUUUGUGGAAUACAACACGUCCCACAUCCUGGACGCCAUCAACAUCAACUGCUCCAAGCUGAUGAAGCGGAGGCUGCAGCAGGACAAGGUUUUGAUCACAGAGCUCAUUCAGCACUCAGCAAAACACAAGAUUGAAAUUGACAGCAAGCAGGAAGUGGUGGUGUACGACCAAAGCUCUAAAGAUGUGACCUCCCUCUCGCCCGACUGCUUUCUCACCGUGCUCCUGGGCAAACUGGAAAAGAAUUUCAGCUCUGUGUAUCUGCUUUCAGGUGGAUUUGCUGAGUUCUCCAGCUCUUUUCCUGGUCUCUGUGAAGGAAAAUCCACGCUCAUCCCUACGUGCAUUUCUCAGCCUUGCCUCCCUGUUUCCAACACUGGCCCGACCAGGAUCCUGCCUCAUCUCUACCUUGGGUGUCAGCGGGACGUCCUCAACAAGGAGCUGAUGCAGCAGAACGACAUUGGCUACGUCCUGAAUGCCAGCAAUACUUGUCCCAAGCCUGAUUUUAUUCCAGAAUCCCAUUUCCUCAGAGUGCCUGUGAACGACAGCUUUUGUGAGAAAAUUUUACCUUGGUUGGACAAAUCGGUCGAUUUUAUAGAAAAAGCAAAAGCAUCAAAUGGCCGUGUGUUAGUGCACUGUUUAGCUGGGAUAUCUCGCUCUGCCACCAUCGCCAUCGCCUACAUCAUGAAGAGAAUGGACAUGUCCCUGGAUGAAGCUUACAGAUUCGUGAAAGAAAAGAGGCCGACUAUUUCUCCCAACUUCAAUUUCCUGGGCCAGCUUUUGGACUUUGAGAAGAAGAUAAAAAACCAGAGCGGUCAGCCCGGACACAUUAGCAAGUUGAAACUCCUGCACCUGGAGAAAAGCAGUGAGCACACGCAGGUCCCGGACGGGGGGCAGAGCAGCCUGUCCGUGAGCCAGCUCUGCAUCGCUGCCGCCUCCGAGGUGGCAGAGCAGAAACCCACGGACUGUGGCAGCGCAGCUCGAGGGCACCUGUCCCCUCUGGAGGAUGGCCCGCUGGUGCAGGGCAUGAACGGGCUGCACGUCUCCCUGGAUAAGGUGGAGGACAGCAACCGGCUGAAGCGCUCCUUCUCCUUGGAUAUCAAGUCCGUGUCCUACUCCUCGAGCGGCAGCCGCGUGACUGCCUCGGUUCAGGGCUUUGCCUCCGCCGAAGACACCCUGGAAUAUUACAAACAUGCAGCCGCUUUGGAGGGCGGCAGCAAACUGUGCCAGUUCUCCCCUGUCCAGGAAGUGUCGGAGCAGACCCCAGAAACCAGCCCGGACAAAGAGGAAGCAAACCCUCCCCAAAAGCCCCCGAACACGUGGCAGCUGGACAGCCAGGGCAAGCGGCAACACCUGGGGAGAGGCGGCGGCGGUGCCGCCACGCAGCGCUCGCUCCUGUACCCCCUCCACCGCAGCGGCAGCGUGGAGGACAACCACCGAACGAACUUCUUGUUCGGCCUCUCCACCAGCCAGCAGCACCUGGCAAAGUCUGCCGCUGGGCUGGGCCUCAAGGGCUGGCACUCGGACAUCCUGGCUCCUCAGACGUCGGCCGCGUCCCUUACCAACAGCUGGUACUUCGCGGCCGAGUCCUCCCAUUUCUACUCGGCCUCGGCCAUCUACGGGCAGGGCGGGGCGUGCUCGGCCUGCAGCUGCAGCCAGCUGCCCUCGGGCUGCGAGCAGGCCUGCGCCGUGCGCAGGAGGGCAAAGCAGGGCGACCGCGGAGACUCCCGCAGGAGCUGGCACGAGGAGAGCUCCUUCGAGAAGCAGUUCAAGCGCAGGAGCUGCCAGAUGGAGUUUGGGGAGAGCAUCAUGUCGGACAGCAGAUCCAGGGAGGAACUGGGCAAAGUAGGCAGCCAGUCAAGUUUCUCAGGCAGCAUGGAAAUCAUCGAAGUGUCCUGAGGGGAGGGCAGCAGGCUUGUGGUGUGUCUGUAUCAGAGCUGCUUCCCUCUCCAGGCUGCUCCCCCGGCAUUUGAGAGAUCCCUGUAAAUCUGAAAUUGCGUGUAAAGAGGCGGGGGGAGGGAAGAACCUCGAGCCUUCAGUGUGAACACAGCAAAAGGUUAGUACUGCAAAGAGGUGAUGAGCGAGCAUCGUCUGCCUGAGGACACCAGGUAUACAGCUGGGUUUUCCUCCUCUCCCUUCCUGAAGAAGGGCAGAGCACUUCAAAGGUCUUUAGAGGAAGCAAUUGUAUGCAAUGGAUUGCACAGAGUUUCAGUGGUUUUUUAUAAAGGAAGCUCUCCUGGUAUCAACCUUGCUCUGGUUCCACUGAAACGUGUUCCUUCCUGUCCAAACUAGUUUUGUUCUCCCCUCCUCAUGCCCCGUAUGUUCACCAGUGCACCUUAGCGCUGACACUGAGCCAACCUCUGGAGGGAGACCUUUUUUCCUGUAAGGAGACUGGGAGCAAUUCCAAAGGACAUAGGGACUGGUUACAGCAAGGCUUGUCUGAACACACCAUUCAGACAAAUGUAAAUACUGGUGUAACUAUUGUUCUGAUGGAUAGGCUUUAAGUGAUUUGCUAGAGAGCUGCUUCAGAGAGAAAAAAAAAAAAAA